AUGGACUUUAACAGCGACUCCGACAAUGAUAGCGACUACGACCCUUUUACGGCAUAUCAUUCCGAAGAUGAAAUCUGUUCAGAGACAGACGAGCAUGAAGCACCUUUUACAAUCCAUGGCUAUGCAACCGGAACUGAGUCGGAAUAUUACGAUAUCGGUUCACCUCUUAUCGAAUGUCGUUAUUGUAAAGCAAUGAUGUGGUAUCAAGAGAGGAUGCACAAAAGUACCCACUCUGCUAACCCGAAGUUUAUGAUGUGUUGUGGGAACGGAAAAGUUGAACUCCCACUGCUAAGACAGCCUCCGGAACCACUUGCAACACUUUUGUUUGAUCACGAAAAUAAUGUUAGUCGGAAGUUUCAACAACAUAUCCGACUAUACAAUAUGAUGUUUGCAUUCACAUCACCGGGAGCAAGGUUGGACAAUCGUUUUAACAACGGACGUGGCCCUCCAAUACUAAGGAUACAAGGUCAGACGUGUCAUCGCAUCGGAAGUAUGUUGCCUCCUCAAGGUCAAAAACCAAAGUUCGCUCAGUUAUAUAUUUAUGACACCGAGAAUGAGGUGGAAAACAGAAUGCAUCAUCUAAGGAACAAAGAGAACAUCGAUCCUUUGGUUGUCAAUCAAUUGUCCAGCAUGUUGUAUGAAUUCAAUCCUCAUGCUAAGAUCUUUCAAAUGGCAAGACACUGGUUGAAUAGCGGGGAGCCUCAAAACCUAAAACUUCGACUAAUUUCUAAUCGGUCUACUGAUGGCAGAGUGUAUAAUCAGCCAACUGUCAGUGAAGUUGCAGCCUUGGUUGUUGGAGAUAUUGACACGACAGAAAUGAGGGAUAUAAUAAUGCAAACUAGAGGAGGAGGACUUCAAAGAAUCAACGAGCUCCAUGCCGCUUACAUGGCUUACCAGUAUCCGUUGAUUUUUCCGUAUGGUGAGGAUGGCUAUAGACCUGAUGUAGCACAUAGGGACCUACCUGUAAAUGAAAACAGCAUCAGAAAUAGGCUCACGAUUCGCGAAUGGCUGGCCUUCCGCAUUCAAACCAGAUCAAAAGAAGCUAAGACUUUGUUAUCUUCUAGAAGGUUGUUCCAGCAAUUUCUGGUCGAUGGUUACACUAUGUUAGAGUCCGAGAAACUAGAAUGGCUGCGCAAAAAUCAACCAAAGCUUCGGGUGUCCAAGUACAACUCUUUACAUGAAGAGGGCGACCAAAGUCAAGCUCCAGGUUUAACCAUAGGUAAACGAGUGGUGUUGCCUUCGUCCUUUGUUGGCGGUCGUAGGUUUAUGGAUCAAUUGUACUAUGAUGGAAUGGCUAUAUGCAGUAAAGUUGGAUUUCCAGAUUUGUUUAUUACUUUUACAUGUAACCCAAAUUGGCCUGAGAUUCAAAGGGUGCUUGGUCCUCUUCAUUUGAAGCCUCAAGAUCGACCGAAUAUCAUUUCUAGAAUUUUCAAAAUCAAGUUUGAUCAAUUGCUUUCAGAUUUGACCAAAAAAGGUGUUAUUGGCAAAGUGCUUGCUUGUAAGUUAUUUUCUCCGUUUACUUUAUUUUGA